AUGGCGAACAGUAUCUCGGGGGUCGCCUUGCCCCCAUCGAACGACAUUGUGGCGACAUGGGCAUUUCUUGAGCAGGGUAUCGAUGUGAUGAUGGCACGUUUGACGCAAGGCAUGUCCUAUGAACGCUACAUGCAGUUGUACACAGUUGCAUACAACUAUUGUAUUAGUAGCGGCAUGGGUGGCGCAAGCGGGAUUGCCGCCGGUGCGCACCUCAUUGGUGGGGAGCUCUAUACUCGUGUCGCACACUACUUUCAGCAGCAUUUGCAAACGACUCUGCGCGAUGUUGAGCAGCUGAAUGGCGAAGCACUGCUUCGCUGCUACUCCGCAGAGUGGGAGCGGUAUACGAACGGCACCAACUUUGUGCACCGCUUGCUUGUAUACCUAAACCGACACUGGGUCAAGCACGAGCGCGAAGAAGGCCGCACGGAUGUGCAUACAAUUUACACACUCGCGCUGAACCAGUGGAAACGAUUUGUCUUUUUACCAAUUGAGAAAGAUGGCAGACUUACUGAUGCACUGCUGCACCAGAUCCAGCUGCAGCGCGACGGCGAAGUGGUCCAGUCGACACUUCUUAAAUCUGUGCUAGACAGUUUUGUGUCGCUUGGCAUAGACGAUACCGAUGCAACGCGCGUCAACUUAGACGUGUACCGCACUUAUUUUCAGCAGGCAUUCCUUGAUGCGACCGAAGCGCACUACAAAGCCGAAAGCGAUGCUUUUCUCGCGCAAAACUCAGUGACGGACUACAUGCGCAAGGCCGAUGUGCGUUUAAAGGAGGAGGCAGAUCGGAUUGAGAUGUACCUGCAUCCCACCACGCAACGCCAGCUCAUGGAAGUGUGCAGGCACCAGCUUCUUACCAAGCACAGCCAGCUUCUUUGGGAUCAGUUUGGCGCACUGCUCGAAAACGAAAUGACGGUCGAUUUGAGCCGUAUGUACACGCUUCUUUUCCAGAUUCCCGGUGGCUUAGAUCCGCUGCGGGAGCAAUUUGAGUUGUACGCACGGAAUGUCGGCCUCGAGUCUGUUGCGCGCGUGGUAGAAGAGUCACCCACGGUGGAUCCGGCCAAGUACAUUGCGUCUUUGCUGUCUGUGUACGAGCAGUGUAUGCAAACGAUUGAAACUUCGUUCCAGCUCGAGGCUGGCUUUAUUGCUGCACUUGACAAGGCAUGCCGCGUAUUUAUGAACGAGAAUCAAGCGACCGGCACAUCGGCAAGCAAGAGUCCAGAGCUGCUUGCCAAGUAUAUUGACGGGCUACUGAAGAAAAGCAACAGGAACACGGAGGACAUGGUAUUUGUCGACGCAUUUGACCGCGCCAUGAUUGUCUUCAAGUAUAUCGAGGACAGAGACUUUUUUCAAAAGUUUUACGCCAAGUUUUUGGCGCGACGCCUCGUUACCUUUGCGUCUGCGUCCAUGGAUGCGGAGGAAAGCAUGAUUUCAAAGUUGAAGGGCAUUUGUGGGUUUGAGUAUACAAGCAAGAUGCAGCGCAUGUUUACCGAGGUGGGGCUCAGCAAAGAGCUCAACGAGCGCUUUCGCGAAGCUGAGGCCGCGAAGCAAAACUCCGCGUUGCACGCCAUCGAUUUUUACGCGCUGGUACUCGCCAACGGUAUCUGGCCUUUGCAAGCGCCAUCCUCAGACUUUAGUGUCCCUCCAGAAUUACAGCCUGCCCACGAGGCAUUCAAAGAUUUUUACGCGACGGAGCACUCGCGCCGAGUGCUCACAUGGCUCUGGCACCUUUCUUCAAAUGAUUUGCACACCACAUACCUGCCCCGGAAACACAUUUUCCAGGCGUCUACAUACCAAUGUGCUAUUCUCUUGCUAUUCAACACUGACACCGUUCUCACGCGGGAGGAAAUAGCGACCGCCACGCGCCUGGAGAACUCGGUAUUGCGCUCUGCGAUGCUUCCGUUGGUGAAGAGCAAGGUUUUGCACGAGCUCGACGAUUCCUUUUCUCUGAACAUGGAUUUUAAGUCGAAAAAGGUGCGCGUCAAUCUCCAGACGCCUGUGCGCGCCGAGCAAAAGGCAGAGUCGACUGAGGUGGCAAAGACGGUCGAAGAGGACCGUAAGGUGCUGCUUCAAGCGACGAUUGUGCGCAUCAUGAAGGCGCGUAAAACGCUCAAACACAACCUUUUGCUGCCCGAGGUGAUCGGGCAAGUCCAGUCUCGAUUCCAUCCGAAGGUAUCGGAUAUUAAGAAGGCUAUUGAUACACUCAUUGAGAAAGAGUUUUUACAGCGGGCAGAGGGUGAAAAAGACCUGUACUCGUAUGUGGCAUAA